AUGGAUAAAUCCGUGCCGGAAACAAGCGGUUCCAAGCCUCCCGCUGGUAACGCAAAUCUUACCAACAACGUUAGUAGCAGCGGAAAGGGCAAACGACCGUUUCUCGGUUUGCUGUCGAAACGUUCGUCACGUGUUGAGCCGCAACGAUGUUCGGAGAGUGAAGACGAGCAGCAAACGGUCGACAGUGGAUCGAGUUUUAGUUUGCUCGGGAAUCAUCACACUAUUCCGCCACAGCACGCAACGAAAGCAAAUAACAAUAGUAGCAGCAACAGUAACGGUGGUACCGUAACCGCUACGACGACAUCAACUAGCAGCACUAGCCAACGGCAAGAUUCGUCCAAUCCAAGCGAUACCAACUCAUACCAGCUGCUCUCAACGUCAUCAACGACGACAACUACUACCACCACCUCGUCAACGGGACCGGAAGGCUCAACGGCGACAAAAAUUCCGACCGCGGUACGAAAGCGAGACAAUUCCUCCACCCGUAUCUCGCUUGGCAAUCGUUUGAGUAGUUACGUCGCAGGAGGAAACACAUCCACCACUAGCGGAGGCGGAGGACAGUUUAAUCUCUGUUGCUCGAUCGACGAAGCAAUUGUGAAGUCACCGCCACGGAAUCGCUACUCGCACCCAGCUACGGGCAGUUCUAGUGCGGGCAGUGAUUCGUACGAUCUUGAAAUGCAGCAGCGUCGGCAACAGCUGAAGCUGGAACUAACGGCUAAAUCGAGCACCAGCUAUCCAAUAGAGAAGACAAGCCCAUUGCGCCACCGUCGACCACUGGAGGUGGGGCCACGCGUUGAAACGCCACAGGAAGAAUACGAUGUCAAUGGACGUGCUCCGAAAGCGACGGUAUCGCUCGUCAACAAUCGUGUGGUAACGAAACCGAUCGUGUUUCGGGAAUACCAGAACCACACGCAACGUGCAAUUAUGUCGAGCAAGUCACGGUUCAAGGAACGGUUCCUACCGCCUCUGCAUCGGUGCAAUAUGGACGGUUACGAAAAGAUGGAACAGCACUACAGCUCUCCGAAUAUUGCCGAAAAGGAGGACGAUUUAUUACUUCCCGGUGGAUGCGAUCCUAACGAUCAGCGCGAAUCUCGCAAGUCAAUGUCGUUCGACAUGGUAACUACCGCAUCCGGUGUGGUCGGGAUCGGAAGCGGUAUGGACGAAUCGGAAACGAAUGCUAAAGCCCCUCCUGGCUCGGCCGAUUCGCUCGCUCGCCAAGCACUAAUGGCGGCCCACGUGCUCAACUUGAUUCCGGCAGAAAAGGCACGGCAGCGAAACUUCUUACAUGGCCGGCUCGGAUCCACUUCGCUGUUGGGUGCAACGGAACUGGACAAGAUACUUCCGACACGGGAAGUCACCAUCUUUAUUGGCACGUGGAACAUGAACGGCCAGAGUCCACCGCGGCAGAUGAACGAUUUCGUGCUACCGACUGCGCUCGAACACGUACCGGAUAUUAUUGUUUUCGGCACACAAGAGUCCUGCUCGGAACGGUUCGAGUGGGAGGUAACGUUACAGGAAACGUUGGGCCCUUCACACAUACUGUUACAUUCCACCAGCCUCGGUACGCUACAUUUGGCAGCCUUUAUCCGGCGCGAUUUGAUAUGGUUUUGCUCGGAACCGGAAGAUGCCUGCCUUUCGGUACGGCCCGGUACAGCGUUCCGCACUAAGGGUGCGGUCGCGAUCUCCUUCUGCCUGUUUGGCACGUCGUUCCUGUUCGUAACGUCACACCUGACGGCACACCAGCAGAAAGUGAAAGAGCGCGUAUCGGACGUGAAAAAGAUCAUCCAUGCACUCGAUCUUCCUCGCAAUCUGACGGUGAAACACCGGAACAAGGACGUUACGCAAAACUUCGACAGCGUGUAUUGGUGUGGGGAUCUAAAUUUUCGUCUGGGCGAACCGAGGGAGAAGCUGAUGCAGUGGAUCGAAACGACACAGUUCCCACUGCCGGCCCAUUUGCCGCACGGGUUUAUGCAUACCGAUCAGCUUACUUCCGUGCUGUCGGAUGGCGCAGCCUUUCGGGGGUUCCGAGAGGCCAAAAUUACUUUCCCGCCGACGUAUAAGUACGAUCCCGGCACACAGCGUUUCGAUUCGUCCAGCAAACAACGCGCUCCCGCGUACACCGACCGGAUUUUGUACAAAUUUAAACCCUUGCCAGUAACUACCGUUCAUCGGCGUAGCUCAAACUUACCUCCAGGAGGUAAAAUUUCGCACCCUCCGUCACCUGUUAAAUGUUUGGCGUAUGAUUCGGUACAGAGCAUAACAUCAUCCGAUCACAAGCCGGUAUGGGCACUGUUCCGGAAUAUUAUCCGACCUGGUAUUGAUACCGUACCACUCGCAGCCGGACUGUUCAAUCGGGAGGUUUAUCUAGAAGGUAUGAAACGCCGUUUGGACAAUUCUGGAGCUGGUUCAUCGGCCGUGUGCAAUAUACAAUGACGCCGGUUAUUCGACCGUUAAGGUAAGAAGUAUCACUCACAUGAAAUGGCUAGCUGAUACAAUAGUCCAGUCCAGGAAGCGGGCCUGUUGUAGCGAAUGUGAAUAAGCAGGGAAUUAAAGUGGAACAAUGAGUUGAUCAAACCAUGCGAUUUGACAAUGCGCAAUGUCGGAGCUUAAUAAUGAUAAGAUGCAAUACUUUCUCAAUUUUGAAGUCUGGGACUUAAGUGGCGGUGCUACACAAACCCACAAAUAUCGUGUAACAUUAACAAUACCGGACGAAGAACAGUACAGGAUGUGAGUCUCGUGUAUUCCUUCGUCUACCAACGCAAUAGAAAAGUGCAAAAUGGCACCAUUGAAUAGUUUCCUCUCUCAACGGAAAGCCUUAAGUGUUCCUUCUCAAUGUACUCUAGUCAGCGGUGCUGUUGCGGUUUUUCUGUAAGCGAGCAUCAUAUUUCUAGUCAUUGAAUACACAUCUUACUGUAACAUGGUAACGCUGCAUAAGCAUCUAUAAAAUGGAACUUAGAGGUUCGGACCGGCUCACUCAAUUAGAUACCAAAUAUUGGAACAAGUGUUUAGCACGAGUGUAAGUGUGUGUAUGCAUAGAUGCGUUACUAUAAUGCAAUUGAAAUCCCAAAUAUAAUAGCAUAGAAGCAAGUGCAAAAGGACUUGUAGAUGAUAAAAGACCCUACUGCUGCGUGGCAAAGCGUACAAGACAAGAUUGCCAUUGACUAAAACGAGUUAAAAGACAAAAGAAACCUGUAGCCUUUCUCUAUUGUUUAGAUAAACUAGAAACAGUGUAUACAAUGUAUUAAACUGAGAUAGUAGGACAGAUGAGGGUGUGCGUAUAAGACUCUAUAUAUGAGUGUCAUGUGUUCCGAUAGAUGUUUAGGGUGAAGCCAUAACUACGGGAGAUAUUCGAGAAUGAAAUCGUUCCUCUCAAUAGUGCUGAUGGAACAGUCACAGGACAGUGAUCGUACAUCGUUCGAUUAAACUUACGGAAAGGAAAGACGUGUCUGAGGUAAAACUUUACAAACAUAUCUAAAGCACUAGGCAAUGUCAAUUCAUAUUUAAGGAAAAGUUUUUCUUUUCGAACCGCACGUUUCUUCCGUGAGUACGAGAUACGUUCAUGAUAUCAGUUUAAUUUGCUGUUUCACAUUGUGAUUUUAAAAAUUUGGAAAAUUUACUAGUCAUCAGCGUAACUGUGGAUAUAACGAAAGAGAUGCAAGCUGUUUAUUAUAGUUACUAUUACCGUUCAGUUUUGUCCUAAUUGUAAUAAUUUAUGUCCUUAUUUAUUUAAUCAUUAGGAUUGUAAAAGCUUUAUCCUCUUAUUUGGCGGAGAGCUUCUUGAGAUAAUUCGAUCGCAAUCUCUCACAAUUUAGCAAUCGAAGCGCGUAUUUCGGCAAUUGCUUAAACUAACUGCAAUGUCUCGCAAACGAGAUCUAGUGUGAUAGCUAGUAGACCGGUCGUGCAGCACUAAUGUGUAUGUAAUCGAUUUAUUCUUGUCCAGCGGUCCUGCGUUAUGUGCUGUUGUUUGUAGCGAGCAUAUUCUAAAUAUCAUUAGCAACCGUGUUCAACCCGAACGCUCAACCCAACUAUCUCGAUGGUAAAAAAGCGAAGCAAAUAUCUAUCUAUCCUACAUCUGUGCCUUUGGCUGUUUUACAAACAACACAAGUUAAUCCAGAACUGUUGGGCAAAAGGACCAUUAAGCAAUCGGUUGUCAGACACUUUACGUACGAAAGUUCUCGGAACGAAGGGAAUUUAUGAUCUCGAUACUUAUCGAUAACUUCAGGUCCCAUUUAUGGUUGACCAUUUGCUCUACUUGAGCUAGUGAAUACCAUCGUUUUUUUAAAGAUUACUGCAUAACAAACAAUAUUCCACAAUCUCUGUUCCACUAACGAUGCAUGCAUUCCUACAAACAUUCUCCAGUCAAAUGAAUCCCUGAUUUUGAUCGAACACGAGCGAUCAAUUACUUCACAACUAGCAGUGAUUAGCUUAAGAUGGAAGUCACGUUUAAACGCUGCUUUCGAGUGUUCGUUUUCAGAAAAUGAAUGGUAAAAAGCAAUGAAUUAUAGCAAUGCGUGCUAUUGCAAAGAGAACAGGCACCUCUAAUGCAACUACCCUGGGUUUUAAUGUGUAUAAGGACUUGAAAUUAACAGAUUUCACAUUCAUUAUCUCGCGCUGUUAGCCGUAGUCUUAGACAAGUGGACGACAAUGAAUGGCCAUCAACCAGUGUAACGGCGUCCGCAGAUAGGAUCACACUGCUUAUCAAACAGGCUACAACAAUAUAACUCAAACGAGAACUGUAUCGACAUCUUCCAAAUGCAUUAUUUUAUAGGAAUGUAUAAACCAUCAAAUAAUAGGCAGAGAAGCAAACAGCAGCGAACAGAAAAAGAAACAAUUUUAUAGCAUCUAAGAAACAGUACUCAUGGAAACUCUCUUCUCAGCACACAGAUGCUGAAGAUUAAAACUGUGGCGCUCUAGAACAAUUAGAAGAAAAAACGUAUCUCAACAAAACCACACAUUUUUGCUCAUCUAGAUCAGCAAUGAUUGUAAAGUGAAUAAAGAAAAA